CUUCUUUCAGAUGAACUGUCACGCUAGUUGUGACCGGUCUUCCGUGAUAUCCAUUACAACCUUCCACGCCAUGCAUUAACUAACGUGUCAUAAAUUUGAAAUAAUUUAUCGUUCAAUUUAAUGUGAAUGGAAUUACAUUUUUUGUUUGACUGUUACAUCACGCAUGUAAAACAUUAACAUUUUCUGCAAUUUUUAUUGUUACAUAAAUUUCAAAUUGCUGUUUGCAAAUGUAUCAGACUCGCAAUAACAGAAAGUCGCAAUUCUUUUUAAUAAAUUAGUUUUAAUGGAUUGAAAAACAAUCAAGUACAAAAAUUAAGGAUUUAUCUUUUAAUUCAAAACGCCUGAAGGCGUUGGAACAAUCACAAAAUUCCAUUUUGCAACAAAAUGACCGCGGAGAGUAGCAUGGAGGACCGUCAACCAAAUUGGUCGCAGGACAUGCCAACGGUACAAGAAGUCGGUGAAAUGAUGCGAAGUUUUGGUAUAUGGGAUUACACAGUCUUCGCGUUCAUGUUGGCUACUUGCGGUUUCGUUGGCAUUUACUUCGGAUUUGUUAAAAAAUCGUCAGGAGAAGAUGAGUACCUUGUAGGUGGUAGAAACAUGAAGACGUUCCCUGUUAGUUUGAGUCUUAUAGCCAGCUUCAUAUCGGGUAUUUCAUUAUUGGGCACACCGACGGAAGUUUACGUACACGGUAUUAGUUACCUUUAUAUCGGUUUCGGAGUAAUCAUUGUCGGCUUUGUAACGUCAGGGAUCUAUUUACCGAUUUUUCAUGAACUCAGGCUUACAAGUACCUACGAAUAUCUUGAAAGACGGUUCGACAGGAAGAUUAGAACAUUAGGAUCAGUGCUCUUCUUGAUCGGCGUCAUGACAUGGCUUCCUAUUGUUAUUUACGUACCAGCGUUAGCUUUUAAUCAAGUUACGGGAGUGAACGUACAUGUAGUUACUCCGUUCGUGUGUAUUGUGUGUAUUUUUUACACUUGUGUGGGUGGUUUACGAGCAGUAGUAUGGACCGAUUUUAUACAAACUUUUGUAAUGUUUGGUUCUAUGAUAUUAAUCGUCGUUAAGGGAACAUCCGACGUAGGUGGAUUUUCGUUAGUAAUAAGAAGAAAUCUGGAAUCUGGAAGACUCGAAUUGCCCACGACAGAUUGGAGUCCUCUUACGAGGCAUACAAUAUGGUCCCUCGUUGUUGGCGGUUUCUUUCAUUGGUUGCAAAUAUCUGUUAUCAAUCAAAACAUGAUACAAAGAUAUCUUGCAUUGCCCACAUUAAAAUCAGUUAGGAGAGCGCUUUGGUCUUUUAUAGUUGGAGUCUUGAUUUUAAUAGGAAUAUGCGGAUACGCGGGAAUGUUAAUAUAUGCCUGGUACCAUGUAUGUGAUCCACUUACAACAAAGUUAGCAGGUGCGAAGGAUCAAUUGUUACCAUUACUUGUUAUGAAUAUAUUAAACGAAUUUCCGGGUCUUCCGGGUCUCUUUGUUGCUGGAGUAUUUAGCGCAGCAUUGAGUUCUUUAUCUACUGGUUUGAAUUCCAUGGCUGCGGUCGUGUUAGAAGAUUUUGUCAAACCCUUUAGAAAAACACCCCUUUCCCCGAAAGCUGCGGAUAUUAUAUUAAAGCUCACGGUAGUUGUUCUUGGAGUAAUCUGUGUGGCACUUGUAUUUGUCGUUGAAAAAACAGGAUCCCACGUAUUGCAGUUAUCUACAAACUUGGCCUCCAUAACUAGUGGACCGUCUCUUGGAAUUUUUAGCAUGGGUGUUUUAUUGCCCUGGGUAAAUGCGAAGGGUGCCUUAAUAGGUGGUCUCUCUGGUUUGGGUUUUAUGGGCUGGAUUAGUCUUUCAGCGGAAGCAGCGAUCGCUAGCGGAAGGAUAAAAUUUGACGAGAAACCAGUCAGUACAGAAGGAUGUUACUAUUCGUUUCCUCAAGUAGAAAACUUAAUGCUGCUUGAGCCACCAGACACGAUUUUAGAUGGUGACGAAUUUCUUCCAGAACCUCUAGCGUUGUAUCGUCUCAGUUAUCUUUGGUACACUGUUACUGGUGCAUUAGUGACGAUGACUAUUGGCCUCGUUGUCAGCUUGAUCUCGUCCGAAAAUGUUGAAAAAUUGGAUCCAAUGUUACUGGCACCUUUUAUAAGAAAACUGUUAAAAACAUCCAACAAAGAGUCUCAGCAGGAGGUUGGAAAUUUAGAAAUACACAGUUUGGAAAUACAUAGAACGCAAGGAGGAGAACGCAACUAAAAGAGUAUUACAUUAGUAUGACCUUGACUUGAUGGUUAUGAUCCAUGUUGAUCGAAUCAGGGGUCGGCAAACUGUAUGAGAUGAAGUGUUUGGUUGACAGGCUGAAAUAUCAAAUUAAGAGGAUUGAGGACUAAAAUAAGUUAGAUCAAUGGAGAAAAU